GGCCCGGCGCCGCGCGGAGCAGCCGGGCCGCGGCCGCUCCCUCCCCGCCCCGCAGCCGCCGCGGCCGCCUCCGCCCCGGGGCUGCCCCGCCCGGCCCCGGCCGCUCGGCACCGCGACUGCCGGCUCCGAGCCACCGGAGCCCGGUGCGGCUGCGGAGGUGCCGGGACCGGCCCUGGUCGGGCGAGGGGACCGGGAUGCUGCUCUCGAAAAUUAGCUCGUUGGCCCAUCUGCGCUCCGGGACCGGCGGGGAGCUGCACGCCGCGAAGCUGCAAGCGGGUAAGGGCGGUAACUGCCCGGCUCCGCUCGGCCCGGGGCGGCGGGUAGGGGCCGGUUGGAGCCCCGGCUGCAGCGGUAACGGCCGCGUCUGGCGCGCAGGGAAGGAGAAGGAGCCCCUGGAGCGGCUUUACCGCGUGGGACCGCUGCUGGGGAGCGGCGGCUUCGGGUCCGUGUACUCGGGGGUCCGCCUGUCCGACAGCGCCCCGGUGGCGAUCAAACACGUGGCUCGGGACCGCAUCUCCUCGUGGGGCGAGCUGCCCAACGGCACUCGAGUACCAAUGGAGAUAGCCAUGCUGAAGAAGGUGGGCUCUGGCUGCAGCGCCAUCAUCCACCUCCUGGACUGGUUUGAGCUGCCCGACAGCUUCGUGCUGGUGCUGGAGCGUCCGGAGCCGUCGCAGGAUCUGUUUGACUUCAUCACGGAGCGAAGGUUCCUGCCUGAGGACCUGGCGCGGGGGCUGUUCCUCCAGGUGCUGGAGGCUGUGCGACACUGCCACAGCUGCGGCGUCGUGCACCGAGACAUCAAGGACGAGAACAUCAUCAUCAACCUGUCCACCGGAGAGCUCAAGCUCAUCGACUUUGCCUCCAGCACCUUCCUCAAGGACACAGCCUACACCGAAUUUGACGAGUGCCAGCACCUCAUCUGGUGGUGUUUACCCCUGCACGCUUCCGACAGACCAUCCCUGGAAGACAUUUUCAACCACACGUGGCUGCAAGCCCUUCACCUGCCCCAGGAGACAGCCGACAUCCACCUGCACAGCCUCAUCCAGGAGCCUGGCAAGUGACAGCUUCAGGCAGCUCCUGGCCAGAAGCAGCAAAGAAUCCCAGACUUGUCCUGGUGAGCACAGAACUGAGCAAGGAUCCUCAGAUGCACCUCGCACAGCUUGUCCUGGACCUCGUCUUCCAAGCACCAGUGGCCGCCAUCUGGCCCGGCUGCCCUGGACUUUGUGUUGUUCCGUUUAGUUUGCUUUGGUUUGGUUUGUUCUGGUUUGUUUUCUGGGGGGGAUCAGGGUUUGGCUUUGUCCAGUUUGGGUUUCAGGGGGACUGGGGUAGAGUUUUGGGGUUGGCUGUUUUUUUAGGGAGGUCUGGGAUUUUGGGCAAUUUGGGCUUUUUGGGGGGUGGGUUUUAUCAGGGAGCUGGGUUGGGGGGUUGGGUGUAGUUCUUGUGUUUCGUUUUUUGUUGUUGUUUUGUUUUCUUUGUUUUGUUUCUGUUUCUGGGUUUGGAGGCUCCCAGGUGUCUCCUGACCUGCUGGAUUCAGGAACACAAGAGGAACAGGGACCUUCUUGUGAGAAAAGCUUCAACAGGGAAGAACUGAUGGCGGGGGGCAGGUCCAGGGUCGUGCCUCUUCUCCUCUGUCCCCCUGCUUGAGUGCCUUCAGUUGCCACCUGGGCUGUGCUGGAGGAAAUACUUGAAUUUUCCUACUCUGGUGCUUUUCCGAGACUCACCUGGAUGUACAGCUCCUUGCCAAGGAGCUCAGAGGACAGCGGGAGCCCAGCCGGGCGAUGCCUCCUGUGCCUCCAUCUCACGUGGAUUUGUCUGGGGUUCCUUGCUUCUCUGUGCCCUCAUGAAUGCACAAACAAUGCAAACCAACAGAGCUGUAAAUAUGGACAAAGUCAGAGAGGAGCAAAGUCUGUUGUACAGUUGUUAAUAGUGCUAAGAAUUGACCUUUUUUCUUGUUGCUCCAGGUUUGGUUUUUAACUUAUUUUCAUGAAUUUGUUGUUUUGUU